AGUUAACAUAUUUUAUAUUUGGUUGAUUAUUAAUUAUUAAGAAUGCCUGUGGACGUGGAGAAGAUUAUUCAGUUUAUCAAGCAAGGCAACCAGGACAAUGUCCAAAUACAUCUGGAUGAUUACAACACUGAGAACUCACAAUGUUUCUUUUUUGAUGUAGAAGAAAGAGAGAGAAGAAAGCAAAGAGAGCUGGAAGAGUUCCGCAGGAAUAAAGUGAGAGAGUAUGUUCCAGACUCUGACUCAGAUUUGGACUCUGAUGAGAAUGAGGAUCCAAAUCUUGUUCUGCGGAAGAGGCUUGCUGCAGCUCUGAUCUGGUUCAUUCGCAUGCGGCUGCAGCCAGGAGUUUUGAGGGUGUGUCUGCGAACUCUGCGAAUUAUCUCGCGCGAUCGAAAGGCCUUGGCACCCCUGAUCACGGACAAUGCCAUUCUAACUCUUGCUCGACUCGGGGGCAUCUCCGCCCUGCCUACCUGGCCUGAAGAAGAGGAGGCUGAGUGGGGCUCCUCCCACAGUGACAUCACUCCUGAGAAUGAGACAGAGACACGUCCGGAUAAUAAUGGCAGCAAUACACAACACACGACUGGUUACAGGGAGAGAGAUGAUUCAGUCUGUGUCUCUGCAGCCUGUGCUAAACCUUUGGUCAGUGAAGGAGGCUUGCAGUUCAACCCUGUGAAUGUGACAUCUAACUGUAAUAUUGGGAGAGAAACACAAAACGACCGCCGUGAAGAAAACGUGAGGAAAGAUGGGGUCUGUGGGCUGUUGACAAGAGGAAAGAGGGAUGCUAGAAGAGAGAAGAAUGAGGAGGGGGAGGAGGAGUAUGAUGAUGGAGAGGUCUGGAGGAAAGAGGCGAUGAAGGCCCUGUGCAAUGUCAUCUACAAUAGCCCGAAAGCACAAGAGAGAGCCAGCAUCCUGAGGUUGCUCCAUGGCCUGUCAGAGAGACUUAAAGAUGGUAUACAUUCCUCCUCACCUCCAAGUGGUCAGUUUUAUGAACUGCGACUUCUCUUUCUGUUGACUGCUUUACGGCCUGAGCUUAGGAUAGAGCUCCGCCAGGAGCACAGCGUGUCCAUGCUGACUGCUGCUCUGGAACAGUGUUUGGAAGUGUGCUGGGGUGAAACGCAUGAGGUGCUGACUGACCUCACAGCACCCCCUGUGUGUAAGGAGGUGACUCAGCACGCCCUUGAGAUUCUCAAGACCCUGUUCAACAUUACCUACAGUGUGCACAGACAGGAAGUAGAUGAGGAGGCUGCAGAUUUGUAUCGUCACCUAGCUGCAGUCCUGCGUCACUGUCUGCUCGUGCCCUGUGAGGGAGAGGAUAGAAAAGAGGAGCUGCAAGGACACACAGUGAAUGUGCUCUCAGCGCUCCCUCUGCAGUGCCUGGAUGUUCUGCUAUCCGUUCGCCUAUCUGAAGGUUCGAAGGAGUCCGGCGGAGUCAACAUGGACUGUGUUCACACUCUGCUGCUCUUCAUGGAGAAGAGACUGGACAGAGGCUAUAAGCUGAAGGAAAAGUUGGCUCCAGUGUUAAACCUGUUGACUGAGAGCAGCAAAGCACACAGGGAAACUAGGCACUAUCUCAGACAGCAGAUCCUGCCUCCACUGAGAGACGUUGAGAUAAGGCCUGAACAGAGGAACACACUGAGGAGCAAACUAGUGCGACUAAUGACCCAUGUCGACACUGAUAUCAAACACUGUGCGGCUGAGCUUCUCUUUGUGCUCUGUAAAGAAAAUGUGAGCAGGUUUGUGAAGUACACUGGUUACGGUAAUGCAGCGGGGCUGCUGGCAGCAUGGGGUCUUUUGAACGGCCGCGGCCCCUAUCCUCAACCGCAGUACUCCAGUGACUCUGACUCAGACACGGAGGAGUACAGACAGGCCAAGGACAGGAUUAACCCUGUGACGGGACGGGUGGAGGAGGAACAGCCUGAUCCAAUGGAAGGAAUGACUGAAGAAGAGAAAGAGGCAGAGGCGCUCAGACUCAUAAAUAUGUUCAACAAACUCUCACGGAACAAAAUCAUUCAGCCAAUGGGAGUGACUACGGACGGCAAAAUGGCGCCGCUUUGUGGCCAGACGAGGCACAGCGCUGUGCAGGAGGAGGAGGAAGAAGAGGAGGAAGAUGAUAGUGAAACAGAGCAGUAAUGAUGACAAGAUUAUAAUGAUGAUUAAUGAAAGACAGGUGCAAGAUAUUUUAUACUAAUGACUGAUAUAGCGCUGAAACAAUAUUAAUAAUAGCGCAACUAAAAAUCAUGUAACAUAAGGAAAUAAUCUAUUGUUUCAUUUAAUCAGUUGGUGUAUGUAAAAGGAAAUUCUAUUGAGACAGAAAACAGAAUAAACGAAGCUCUGUAUGAUGUGUGAAGAAAAAAAAUAAGGCAGGCAAGAAAUAAUUUAUAAUGUAGGCUACACAAAAUAGCUGAGAACGUCGUUUCUUUGUAAUAACUCUUGUGAGUCACGAUUAGCUAGAAACCGUAAAAUAGGAAGCUACUAAGAAGCAGAGGAGAAAGAAAGAGACAAAGAGAGACAGCCAUCACACCAAAGACAAACACUCCUGGAAAAUGCUGCUGGUGUUGCCAUGGCUAUGUUACCAUGGUAACAACAGGAAACGCAGUUCUUUUUUCGUGCUCUAGCAGGAGUGGAACGUUUACCUUGAAGAGAACUGCCAUGGAUUAAUCGAACGCUCUGCACCGAGAACGCGGAAUAAAAAUACAUCCUCAGGAAACGUUUUCAUUUACAAAAUGGUUAGUAAACUUUGAACCCAAGUACAAUAUUUAGAGCAGGUUAUUUGUUGACUGUACUGCUUUAUUUCCAUUGUAUUUCCCUCCAAGAUAUCAUUCCUACCCGUAUAAAGCCCGUGCAAAAUACCAGCAAGUAUGUCUAGAACAAUAAAACGAAAAAAGAAAAAAAAAAAAAUCCAA